AUGUCCUGUCUCGAGAAUAUUGUGUUGCUUUUCUUGGUUUUGUCCAUUUUGUGUUUGUCAUGUAAUGUUUCAUCACAAUCUGUCUCUCUUGACAAGUAUCUCAUAGAUUGUGGAUCAUCUUCCAAUGUAUCAUUAGGAAAUCGUUUGUUCUUGGCUGAUGAUUCAGAUUCAAACAUCCUUAAAACUCUACAAAAAAUCUUCGUAAGCACGAAAUCGAGUUCAAAUUUAUCCACCUUUGAUUCCAAAUUGUACCAAACCGCACGUGUGUUUAGUGAAAUCUCCCAGUACACCUUCCCAAUCCGAAACCCGGGACGGCACUGGAUUCGCCUCCAUUUCUUCCCUUUUGUUGACGAAAAUCACAACUUGAGCUCAGCCAAAUUCUCAGUUUCAGCUCAAAGCUUUACCCUUCUCAAAGAUUUCCAAAUGAACAAAGGUUCUACAGUAAAGGAAUACUCUUUGAACAUAAGUUCCAACACCCUUGUUCUCACUUUCACGCCUUCCUCCGAUUCCUUCGCCUUCAUAAACGCGUUGGAAGUCAUUCCACUGCCUGAUGAUCUCCUCCCCGGCGACGCGAAAACCGUCGGUUUGCACGAAGCUCGAAGGAAUUUUCAGAGGCAGGCAUUGGAGACGGUCAUGAGGGUGAACAUGGGGAACCAAGCAGUUUCGUCGCAAAACGACACGCUCGGGCGGUCUUGGGUUCCUGAUGGCUCGUUUCUGAUACACAACAAUGAAAAAUUUGUAUCCAACAUGAACAUUGUGAAAUUCAGAAAAGGAUUCUCUGAGGAGAUCGCUCCGAAAACUGUUUACGGCACUGCAACGAAGCUCAACACCGAAGGGAACCCGAUAUACGCCAAUGUUUCGUGGUAUUUUGAUGCUAGUCCUGGUUUUGAGUAUCUGGUCAGGUUUCACUUAUGUGACAUUGUGAAUUCCUCUGCUCUAGAUCUCAGUUUUAACGUGUAUAUCAACUCAUGGUUUGUUUCUAGCUAUAGUGAUAUUAGUAAUCAAGACUCGAAUGCCGUCGGAGUCCCGUACUAUUUGGAUGUUGUUGCGAAGGUAGAUGACGGCUCUAAGCUGAAAAUAAGUGUUGGUCCUAGAAGUGUGGAUGAUAUUUAUGCACCUGCCUUUCUUAAUGGAUUGGAGAUUAUGAAGUUGAGUAAUUCCAAGGACAGUUUUGUCUUGGACAGUUUGUCAAGUAAGAAAUCUGAGCGGAAAAUUGUUGUCGCGGCGUGUUUGGCUGCUGGACUAACAGCUGUUGUUGUUGUUGUUGCGAGUCUCUUUCUGAUUUGUAGAAGGAGAAGAAAAUUGUCACUUGUGAAUGGCACAAGUGGGAAUGCUACAUUUUCCGGAGCAGAAAUAGCAUACCGCUUCCCACUUGUGGUAAUCCAGGAGGCUACUGAUAAUUUCAGUGAGAACUUGGUUAUUGGGGUUGGUGGUUUUGGCAAGGUUUACAAGGGCGUUCUUAGGGACAACAGGGAAGUGGCUGUUAAGAGGGGAGGUCCUCAAUCGACUCAAGGCCUUGUGGAGUUUCGGACUGAAAUUGAAAUGCUAUCCCAAUUCAGACACCGCCAUUUAGUGUCGUUAAUUGGCUACUGCUAUGAGCAGAACGAGAUGAUCAUCAUUUACGAGUACAUGGAGAAUGGAACACUUAAGGAACAUCUCUAUGGCUCCUACCUUCUGAGAUUGAGUUGGAGACAAAGGCUUCAGAUAUGCAUUGGAUCGGCUAGAGGACUUCACUACCUCCAUACCGGCCCUGCAAAGGCCAUAAUUCAUAGGGAUGUCAAGUCUGCAAACAUACUCCUAGAUGAGAAUUUCAUGGCUAAGGUUGCGGAUUUCGGGCUCUCGAAGACAGGUCCUGGGAUUGAUCAAACACAUGUUAGUACCGCGGUAAAGGGAAGUUUUGGGUAUCUUGAUCCUGAAUACUUGAUAAUGCAGCAACUGACAGCUAAAUCAGAUGUGUAUUCCUUUGGAGUUGUGAUGCUUGAAGUCCUCUGUGGGAGACCUGUUAUUAAUCCUUCAGUUUCAAGGGAAAAGGUGAAUCUAAUUGAAUGGGCAAUGAGAUAUCAGAAAAGAGGCCAACUUGAGCUGAUUGUGGACCCUUGCAUUGAAGGCCAAGUAAAGCCCGAAUCACUCUCGAAGUUCGGGGAGAUAGUCGAAAAGUGCCUAGCGGAGCGUAGCGCUCUCCGACCAACAAUGGGAGAUGUGUUGUGGAACUUGGAGUAUGUGCUUCAACUCCAAGGUCCUGAUAAAACACCUAAUGACAAUGUUGAGCUAUCUUCUUCACAUGUUAGUCAGAGGGAAGCCAGUAGUGAGUCACAUAUAGAAGUCAGCACAGUGAAUUUAGGAGACCUUGCUGAUGUUUCAAUGAGCAAAGUUUUUGCUCAAUUGGUGAGAGAAGAAACGGGGUAAUAAGAUAAGAAAAUGCAAAGAGAUUGUGUGUUCUUUUUCUCUUCAAAAUGGUGCUAAAAAAAAAAAGGUGACAGAUGAGAAUUACUUAGAAGACUUAGAAGAUAAAAAAGGCUUUCUCAGAUUGGUGAUUGUGUUAUACAAGUAAGCAAAGAUAUUAUACCAGAUUUAGAGGCAUUAAAAUGAGAGAGAACAAAAACGAAAGUUUUAGUUACGUUUGAGUUAUUAGUCUUUUGUCUUGUUAUGUUGGAUGUAAUAGUGGCUUGAAUAUACCACACGUAAC